AUGGAAGCCAACAGCAACCGGCCGGACAUUCUGCCGACGGACUGCGGCCGCCGCCUUGUGCGGCCAGACGAGGCGCUCCGACCGUUCAUAGUCGGGCCGGGCAACACCACCGCCUAUUAUGGCCAGUACCCGUGGCAGGCGCGGUUGGUGAUGUACGAUGCCAAAGUGAAGGGCUACGUACAUCAGUGCGGAGGCAUCAUUGUCUCGCAGGAACACGUGGUGACGGCCGCCCACUGCGUGGUUGAGGUGGCCCCACGUCGGCUGCUGGUGCGUGUCGGAGACCUCCGAUUUGACGACCGCGAGCUGUUUGAGCAGGAGUUCGCCGUCGCCAGCUACCACGUGCACAGCCGGUUCGGCGUGGGUGCUGGCUUGCCCCACGACGUGGCCCUGCUGCGGCUACGUCGCCGCGUCGGACCCGGCAUCGAGUUCGGCCGCUACGUGCAGCCGGCCUGCCUACCGGCAGCCGGCACCAAGUACGAGACGUUUCUGCCGUGCGAGGUGUCCGGCUGGGGCCGCAUUGCGGACCUUGCGCCCAUCUCGGAGGUGCUGCGCGGCGUCUCGAAAAUCUGA